CCAGACAGCAGCAGCAGCCAUCAGCUCCCAAAACUCCACUUCAUCCCUCGCGCACACACAGCCACUUGAUUACCCCUUGCUCGGAGGAGAGAGAGACCUGUCACAUCCGAGAUCGUUCCCGACGUGUCAAAAGAAGGAAAACCCAAAUAUCGACCCAUCAUAUUCCAGCAAAUCGUCUAAGGAUAUAUUUUCCAUGCCGAAUGCGUGUUAAAGUGCGCGCUCACAUCAGGCUGCCUUAUUGCCAUAGCAGCAGCGCGAGCUGCCUGUAGCUGGCACGGGAGCUUCAAGCUAGCGACGAAACAAACAAAGACAACACUGACAAAUAUAAACGUCUGCCGGCCAAACCGCUUCACUGUUCUUUAAGAAGGAGAAAGCAAGACCCCGAAGACCAAAACUGACAUGAUGUUUCCACAAUCCAGGCACUCGGCUUCAUCGCAGCAGCUGAAGUUUACGACGUCAGACUCGUGCGAUCGCAUCAAGGAUGAGUUUCAGUUCCUUCAAGCACAAUACCACAGUCUGAAGCUCGAAUGCGACAAGCUGGCCAGCGAGAAGUCAGAAAUGCAACGUCAUUACAUCAUGUACUAUGAGAUGUCCUAUGGGCUGAACAUUGAAAUGCACAAGCAGGCGGAGAUUGUGAAGAGAUUAAAUGGGAUCUGCGCUCAGGUCUUGCCUUACCUGUCUCAAGAGCACCAGCAGCAGGUUUUGGGUGCCAUAGAGAGAGCCAAACAAGUCACCCCACCAGAAAUGAACUCCAUCAUACGACAGCAGCUUCAGGCUCACCAGCUCUCCCAGUUGCAGGGUCUGGCGCUGCCCAUGACCCCUCUCCCCCUCGGCCUCAGCCAACCCGCCGGUCUCCCGGCCGUCACCUCCAGCUCCGGCCUCUUCUCGCUCUCCAGCAUCCUCGCCUCUCAGGCCCAGCUGGCCAAGGAGGACAAGAGCACGCGCGAGACCUCCGACAGCCACCGUGAGGAAGACGGAGACAAGUCUGACUAGACGCCCGCCGCUUCCGUUCUUUAGUCCGAUCAUCACCCAAAGCUCGACAUAGAGCAGAGGCACUUGUUUUCGUUCCUUAUGUUUUCUCACGAUCCCUAUAUCUUCCUGUCUUUUCUCUUGCUACUUGUUCCAGCAGCUUUAUGUAUGUAUUUAUACCAAUCCACAUUUUUUUUUUGUUACGGAUGCUUGAUUUGAUAUUAGUUACACUAUUUCUUGCCUGCGUGUGUGUGUAUAUAUCUAUAUAUAUAUAUUGUAUAUUUCUUAUGCUCGUGGUGGAAACGGUCUACAAAAUGGUGUUAAACCUGUUAAUGGACCAUCGACCCUUCAGUAAUAAUGGUGUUAAACUCGCACCCUUUUUGUUUUUUCCAUGCUUACUCUCUCCCUCUUAAAAUCUUUCACCUUUUAAAGCUACAAUUCACAAUAACACGUCGGAAGCACUUUGGCCCCCCGGCUGAAAAUCUGAGGCUAAAAGCAACUGGAAAUUUGAAAACUUGACUGCGGCGUAAUCCAUUUAGAGCAGGAUCGCCGAUAGCGUCCGAAUGCACGUCUGCGGUUACGUUGCCGAGAUUGCAUUAAUCACGCAUUAAACUGCAAUGUGGGGGCUUGAAACGUUGAAACAUUAUGAAUGCUGUUGAAAGGAAGCUUGCUAACGCCCAUUGACGUACUGUAUAUCUACCCGUUUGCCUGUUUUCUGACGUGUUUGGAAGUGUUGGACUCUUGUGCUGUCUUAGACAGAUAGUGUCAGAUGAAUCCUUUGAGAUGCUAGCUAACCUGCUCACAAAGUGGAUAGGGAUGCUAUUGGAAAUAUGUUUUUGUUUGGUCGUUUUUAAUAGUAUUGUCGAUUGUCUACAUGGUGAAAAGUGUAGUCAUGUCGUUUCCUUAGUGGUAAGAAAAUGUAUUGCAAACAAAUUUGCAGUAUGUAUUCGCUAAAUAAGAAGCACCUUUUUAGACAUUUUGUUUUUUAUAUAGGAAGUGUGUGAAGACUGAGGGUUGAGUAACAAGCCGAAUAUAUAACGCUCAUAGCACAUUGCAUUACCUUAAGUGGACUUAAGGUAAAUAUCUUACUGUUUAGGUCAAGGCUGUCAAUUAAAAGCAUAUGUGGCCCUGUUUGUGAAACCCACAAUUCAAGUUUGACCUUACUCAGUCAAUAUAAAAGAUAUCAAGGUUAUAUUUUGCAUUGUGUAGGAUGAUUUUAUGUAGAAAAUUGUAAAUCAGCUUGGUUUUCACUGACAUGAAUAUUCAUUUUCCCAGCAUGAAGUUAUUGCAUCUUUUGUAAUAACACAUUGUACCAAUAGGGGGCAGUAAGCCCACAGCAAGUCCACACUAAAACCCUCAGGGUCCCAUUAGUUUGGAGUAUUAUCCUGUGCUAUUUUAAGUAUCCUGUGUUGGUCAUUGCGUACUUAUUUCAUAAAAUGCCCCGUCCAAUUUUUAGUAAGUUAAUGAAUGAUGCGUAUUCAGUUUCACAGAGGUUUGCUUAAUAACAAGAAGAGGUUAUAAUAAGGAUUCGUGCUCGUCUUAUUGAAACACUUAACGUGGCUAUGGCAGUAUUGUGGAAAUAUUUCAUAUUUUCAUGCCAAAUACAAGUCACAAUUUUUCGUUCCCAACUUAUAAUUUAGUUUUUUCUUAUGUUGGUCUCAGAUUCUAGUUCUAAUAAUGAAAACCGACCCUGGGUGGAUCGGUCACACUUGUAGAUGUCCUUGUCUAGACAAAACCCAUUUGUGAAACACAAACAAAACACAUUUCUUUUUGAAAGAUUUACUUAAAGGAAUAUUCCAUUUUCUUAAAAGAAAAAUCCAGAUAAUUUACUUACCACCAUGUCAUCCAAAAUGUUGAUGUUUUUCUUUGUUCAGUCGAGAAGAAAGUAUGUUUUUUGAGGAAAACAUUGCAGGAUUUUUCUCAUUUUAAUGGACUUUAAAGCAACACCAAAGAGUUUUUUUUACCUUAAAAUAACGUUUCCAAAAAAGUUUCAGUGGUUCAUCCACUCAAAACAGGGUGAAUGGCACUUUCACAUUCGCUUUGCAGCCCUCUAUCGGCCAAAACCGCACGAAAGAAGUUUCCAACCGUCGGGUAGUGGUCCUGUAGUUCGAGUGAAAACUACAAAAACUUUUGUAGAGCAAUAACUCUUUAGUGUUGCUUUAAUAGAGCCCAACAUUUAAUACUCAACACUUUGAAACAGAGUUUCAAAGGACUAUAAACGAUCCCAAACGAGGCAUAAGGGUCUUAUCUAGCGAAACGAUUGUCAUUUUUGACAAAAAAUAAAUAAAAAAUAUGCACUUUUCAACCACAACUUUUCGUCUAGGUCCGGUCCAGCGUGACCUAACGUAAAUGCGUAGUGACGUUGAGAGGUCACGUGUUACAUAUAUAAAACGCACAUUUGUGGACCAUUGUAAACAAUAAACUGACACAAAGACAUUAAUUAGUAUCAGUUGACAUACAACAACGUAGGAACGGUCCUCUUUCAACACACUUGUAAACACUGGGGCGGAGUUUCGCGUUCGUCCUCUGUGACGUCAUGACGUAUUGCGUGGGGUCACGCUGGCGCAUCACGACCGGAUCUAGAUGAGAAGUUGUGGUUUAAAAGUGCAUAUUUUUUAUUUGUUUUGUCAAAAAUGACAAUCAUUUCGCUAGAUAAGACCUUUAUGCCUUGUUUGGGAUCGUUUAUAGUCCUUUGAAACUCCGUUGAAAAAAACUGUUAAGUGUUUUCGGCGUUUGCAUGUUUGCCUUUAGCUUGGUUUGAGCUUUAACCCCUUAACAGACUACAGUUUUAAACAACAUGAUCUCAUGGAAAGUCGUGUUAUAUUCACGCAAAAUUUGAUCAAAUUAUUUGUGUCCAUGGCAUGAACUUCAGCUUUUUUACGUGCCUUUUUCAUGACACUCACACAAUAAAUAGUUUCUCGUGUCCGUGGCACGACUUUUUUUUCCGUGUAAUUUUAUGUAUUGUUUCCUUAUGUUUUUUCCCUAUUUUUAAAUCGUUGUCGCUUGGGGUUGGGGUUAGAUUUGGGGAUUGGGUUAGGAUGUAUUUUUAUGUAUUUAUGUUUUUCUUUCGCUUUUACAACUAUUCCUGCAUAGAGUUGGUGUUUGGAUGUCUAAAAAUGUAACAGAAAGUGAUUCUAAUCCCAACCCCAAGCGACAAUGGUAAAAACAAUGAGAAAACAAUAUAGAUACAACGAAACGAAAAAAAGAAAGUCGUGCAACGCACACGGAAAACUAUUUAUAAAAAAUAUGUGCGAGUGUCACAAAAUAGACAUUCGUGCUCAAGACACGUAAAAAGUUGAAUUUCGUGCCAUGAACACGAAAAAAUUGAUCAAAUUUUGCAUGACUAUAACACCACUUUCCAUGAAAUCAGUCAGGUUUCAAACUACAGUAUAUCAAUCGUCAUUAAACUGAGCACAACAUUUUUCUUUCAUAUACAUGUUUUAGUCUUUAAAGCUACACCAACACACAUUUUCAGACAAGUCUAGUGGCAUUGUGAAAAAUGGUGCUCCUGGUGAUGUCAUAGUAGUAGUGCAACCAACUUUUUUUUGUUAUUUACUUGUGAUCUUGUUGGAAAAUGUUGGCGUAUGUUGUUGCCAGUGUACUUACAAAAAGAAGUGCCAGGUUUUCACAACUUGCAGGAUUCAGUCAAAUUUGUCUAUUCUAUAACUGUUUAUCUUUCCUUUUAAAUAACGCAAAAAUUUGUAAAACUCAAGAAUCCGAAUUCCAAAUCCGAAGUGUUUUGCUAUAAAAGUGUACAAACGGCAGCAGGUGUACGUGUAUGUAUACGUUAUACAUAGACCUAAAGCUUUAUGUGCAAACGGAUGCUUUUGUGUCAGUCUCGAAUGAUGUUUCUGUGUUUUCGAGGCCUCUUUACUCGCGAGGUACUUGAGAACAGGUUGUCGCCGCCUCCUCCUCCUCCUCCUUUCUUUCUGAACCCUUGACAACCGUCUCCUCCCAGAAUUCAUUGCUUGCCUUUUGCCAUUUGUUGAAAGCAUUGUAAGCAUUUUGUGCUUCAUAAAAGUCUUUUCUGUUUCUGUUUCUCAACUUCUAAUUUUAUGUAUAUUGUACAACAUACAGUGCAAAAAUAAUUGUGUUAUAAAAUAGCUUCAUUCCAUAUUAAAACAAAGUACAUAAACAUUUACUAUACAUAAAUGGAAAUUUUUGCAGUAAGGAAAUGCUUCUGGUGCCUUACAAAUAAAAUCAAUCAAAUCAA